AUGUGGAGGAGACGCUGGCCCCUUCUCCUCCACAGCAGCCCCAAAUUAUCCCCAUUGGCUCAGUGGCGGGAGGGACCACGCGGCUUCUCCCCCCACCUGCCCCUCUGGUGGGAAGGAGCGAGGUGUCCCCGCCAGCUCCCUAUCAGCCGCUGUAACCAGGGAAAAGGGGAAGGCCAUGCCUCGGGACGCGGUGAUAACCCAGGGGAUGCGGCACAGUGCGAGCCUGCAGCCAGGCACAGCCUGCCACAAGUGCUGCUCGCCAUGGACGGACCACACCGCAGCUGCCGCCUCCUCCUGCUGCUCUGCCUGUUCCCACCGCCGGGCAUCCCAGGCCCGCCGCCGCCUCUGGAGGAGCCUCAGGAGCCGCCGCUGCCGCCGUCCAGCCCCGCGGACCCCACGGCCCACCUGCUGCGCGACCACCCCUCGGCCCCGGUGCGGCCCUACAGCCUGUCGCUGUCCCCCGAGGAUUAUCGCUACGCCCCCAAGCCCCGGCACCUGCGCCCCGGGCGGCUGCGCCGGCUCCUGGGCCCGGCCUUCGACCCCUUCUGGAUGGCGACCGAGGAGCCCCGCGGCCGCAACGGGAGCAUCCUCCAGGGGAGCCCGGAGUCCAUGAGCAGGGACCUGGCCGAGGGUGCCGGGCGGUAUCACCGCAAGCUGUGGCGAGAGGCGGAGGCGCUGGAGCUGCCCCUCGGGCUGGCGGGGGCCCUGGCCCGCCAACUGCGGCAGUGGCUGGUGGAACGGGCCACCUGCCGCCUCACCUCCGCCUGGGUGGACCUGGGGCCCGUGUUCUGGCCGCGCUGGGUGCGCCACACCACCUGUGAGACCGGGCCCCCCGGCUGCUCCUGGCCCCCGGGCAUGGCCUGCCGGCCUGCACAGCUCACCCGCAUCAAGCUGCUGGCCUGGCACUGCUGGACCUCGCCGCACCCCGGCCCCACAAACUGCACCUGGCGGCAGAUCCCAUACCCCGUCGUGGCUGCCUGCAAGUGCUCCUGCCGCUGAGGGGCUGCGGGGGGCUACCGAGGUACCGCCCGCUGCCUGUCCUUGCGGCCAAAAGGCCCGAGCGUCUGCCUGGACUCACCCUGGGAGCUGGGAGAAAAUCCCCCAAACAGAAAUAAACCUCCAGGAAACAUGAAGGGAUGGCUGUGGUCGUUGCUGUGUCUCGUCGAAACCCCUCGGGUGGGGGCGGGCGGUGCAGCUGCUUCACCCUUCACCCAUCAGUGCUGUGAGGCACCAGCAGAGGCCCUUGUGCAGCAUUUAUUUCCAGCAAAGGAUGAGGGAUGGAAAAAUUAUGGCACUGAACAGCAGGUUCAGACCCUGUUUGCACCAGCCCCAGCUGGCUCAGGCCAAGCUAGGGCAUCCCUGCCUGCCUUGAUGGGGCUGCAGGCAGGGAGCCAGGGCAAGGGAAUGCCAGCAGAGAAAGGGUAGAGGUGGGUCACUGCUGGGGUGGAAACAGCAAUGUGGAGAGGGGGUGUAGUUAAUCAGUGGGCAGUGGGGUAAGUUUGUGACUGCAACAAUGCAGCCUAGAUGAGGACAGAAGAAGUGCAGGGUGGGUGACAACCCAGGGCUGGAAACAUUUCUGGGGCUAGGUGUGUAUGAAAAUGGGAUAGGAUAGCCCCCUGCGUGGAGGUAAAAUGGGUGAAAUAUGUGGAUCCCUCACUUUAUGCCAUGGUGCAGAGGGUGACAGCUCCAGACUCAGGACUGCCUGAGCAGUAUAAAGGGUAGGUCAGGGAGCCAGGGGUGGGAAUUGCCUCUUCAAAAAAUGACAUCUGCCUCUACAUUCCAGUCAGCAAAACAGCCUUUGCCUUCUGGGCUGUCUACAGCUGUAGAUCAGACCUAGGCUGGAAGGCCUUGAAGCAAUAAAGAGCAGGAGGAUUUGCCUCAAUUUUCCACCAUCACAAUGCCUACAGGUCAAUGAGGAUGGCAUUAUUUAUUACCAUGUGCCAUCAUCUGACCCUCCUACCUUCCCGGGAUUCCAGCACUCCACAGUCUGUUCCCCAGACAGCUCCAAAGUCUGCUGCUGAGCAUGGCCUUGAAGCAGGCAGAGUGCAGGGAGCUGACUGCCAAGGGACCUGAGAGAUACGGAGGUGAGAGGGAGGUCAGGGCCUCUGGUGAGGGGAGGAGCAGAAGGGCAAGCCCAUGUGUGUGUGCAUGCAAAACCAAUUGUGAGCAUCACAGGAAGGAGGCUGCUGUUGCUGCCCUGGCCUGCAGCUGAGCAGAGAGGCAUGUGUAGGGCUGCUCUGCCUAUGAGGAGGACUUGAAAGCUGGAGCAGGGUUAAAUCGCUUGGGUUGUCUGCCCUCAGUGGAGGGGAGGCAUCAGCAGGGAUGCCUGCAGAAAGCCAGGGGAGACUAGGGCUGGGGAGCAGCAGGAGAGGAAUGUGAGGGAGGGUGGUACAGGUGAGCAAUGGAAGUGUGCAGGCAGAGGGAACAGGGGGCACAUGCAUUGGGCUCAAACCAGCAGUCAUUCAGUUUAGGGCGUCUCAACUUCCCUAUACCUGAACCCAUCUGGCUGAACUUUCAUCUCUUCCAAGUCGCACAAGAGGCCUGAGAGCAAUCUCCCUGAAUUCUCCACUCCAUUCCCCAUGCCAAAAUAUUGCCUAUUGGAAAGGGUUUGCUGCACUGCGAGGGCCUGGUGCCACAGAAAGGGAAUUCUGUAUCAUAGCUUAUCAGCAGGCUGAGUUCAGGCCCUGUGGAGAUGGAAAAUUAAACAAAAUCAGCACAGUUACACUACCAGCUGUUCUAACAGGGUUUGGUUGCAGUACUCUCAAACCUACAGGACAUAUUUCUGCCCUAUCCUUUGCAUCCUUGUAAAGCCCUACAAUCCUGGAUUAACACCUGUAUUCUUUUGCAGUUGCUCUGGCUCAGGUCAGACAUUAUUGCCCUGUAGUUUGCUCCCUGACAGCCUAGCAACACAUAAGGACUUCAGAGCAGGUCUUCGCUGAUGUGACCCAGUGCUCCAGCACCCAGGCACACUCCACUUCAGCUAGAAUCAGUCUCUGGCUGCAGCUACUCAUUCAGCACAUGGGCCGCUGGAAAGACACACAAUUUCUGAUCUGGAACAAAACUGAUGCAAACAAAGCAAUCCUAAGAGAUGCCCAGGUCCCACUUGUGCCUUUUUGGAUGCUGAAAUACUACAUCAGCACUGCUUGGAGGAACAAAUCCAGAGAUUUCUGCCAUAUGGAAGAAAAUUCAAGGUUUCUGUCACCUGCUCUGCCCUCUGGCCUCAGCCAGAUGCAAAUCCUCUCACCAUGCUGCUGGCCUCUGCCACCUCAGCUUGCCCACUGCCUGAUGGCCUCUCUGGGGCAAGAUGUCUUUCCCAGGGUAGGUUUGGGACCACUUAAGCAACACCUUGUAGUCAGGGAGCAAGCAAGCCUCACAUCUAACACUUGAGAGCGAGGAGGAGAGAAAGGAGCACUGGAGUUUUGUCUGACCCAUGUCCUCUUUCCCUAACCAGCUGCCAGUGGCACAGGUUGCAAAGGGCUUG